AUGAGCUCUUGGAUGAAUGAGGCAGCCGCUGUCCAGAACCACAAUGGCAACAACCCAUUUCCGCACAUGAACGAUCCGAACAACCUUGGAACUCCCGCCAUGAUGGAUCCCGCCGCCUUCAUGGCCAACCCCGGCCAGUUUAACCCUGCCGCCGCCGGCCAGUUUGCCAAUCCCCAGCAGAUGGCAGCCGCGAUGCAGAACGGCCAGAUGCGCAAUGCGUCGCCCUCCUUCCAGAACCCCGUAUAUCAGACCAACAGCGUCGUCCCAUCGAAACGACCCCGUCCCCGGGAGGACAGCAUCGGCGCGUCCCCCAGACAGAACCCGGGCAUGCUUCCGACGUCGCGCGCCGACACGCCUCAGCAGUCGCAGUUCCCCGGCUUCCAGCAGAACCCCAUGGCGCAACAGCAUCCGGGACAGCCCCAGCAGUAUCCCCAUCUGCAACCCAACGGCUCCGGCAACGCGUCGCCAUCACCCGUCAUGGCCGGAAACCAGUUGCGACCCGGAAGCGUGCCUCAACGCGUCAAUACCGCAUCUCCGCAUCCUUUCUCGCCCGCCUCGCAACAGUUUGGACCUCAAGCAUCCCCGGUGCCGUCCGAGCACGGCGGCACGCCCCAGCCCAACCCCUACAUGCAGAACCAGAACUUCCCUCAGGGUUUCAAUCCGAACUACACGCCGUCGCCAUCUCCCGCUCGCCCUCCCUCGGCCCAAAAUCCGAUGGCGCCCCAGAUGAUGCCGCAGCAGAUGGGCCAGAUGCCCCAACAAAUGCAGCAGAUGCAUCCGAAUCAGAUGGCUCAGAUGCAGCAAAUGCAACAACUACAGCAGAUGCAGCAGGCUGGUCGUGGGAUGGACCCUGCGCAGCAGCAGAAGAUGUUGUAUCAAAUGCGCCUCCAACAACAAUUCCAGCAGGGCAAUAUGCACAUGGCAGCGCAAAUGCAAGCGGCACAAGCGCAAGGCAUGGGGGCAGGGCGCGGUAUGAUGCCUAACAAGCCGGGCAUGCCUAUGCCUAAUGGGCAAGUGCCUCCCGGAGGGAUGAACCCCCAACAAUCACAAAUGUCUCGUGGGACCAACCCCGAGAGCUUCAUGAAGAAUCUCACGAGCUUCAUGACCCUUCAGAACCUACCACUUGACCCUAAUCCAGUCAUCGAAGGCCGGCCCUUGCAUCUGAUGCAGCUGUUCAUGAUGACCAGCAAGUUUGGUUACUACCGUAAUGUUACGCAACGGAACUUGUGGGUUCAGGUUGCAUCAGCUGUUGGCUUCAGUCCAGCGCAAAUUCCUUCGGCCCCGGCACAGAUCAAAGCCAUAUACGAGGCGAAUCUCCUCAAAUUCGAAGAUGCUUGGAGGAAGCAGAAGAGCGGCGGACAACAGCCAGGAAGUGCCGGCGGUAUGCCUGGGCAGCCCGCCCAAGGCACACCUCAACGUAUGGGAUUGCAAGGGCAGAUGCCUCAAGGCCAGCAACCCAUGCACCAAGGGCAGCAGCCUCAGGUGCAACAGCCGCAGGUCCAGACUCCCAUCAAGCAAAUGACUCCCGGCAUCCAGCAAGUCAACGGGUUCUCGACCCCCCAGCAAGCUCAAAUGUCGCAACAACCGAUGCCCGGGCAGGGACACAUGAGAAACAGCCUCUCACGAAGCGUAGAUGCGACUCCAGUAACGGGAGAAUUCCCCAUGCAGUCGCCGUCUUCAGCCAAGCCUGGCAGUAUGUCCAUGCAGCUUCCUCCCGCGCAACCUGACACUGUACAACCCAACGGUGCCGCAGCCCACCAUGUCCCUGCAGAGCCGACCGAUCCUGAUGAGUACAAAGUGUGCUCGAGGGAGACAAAUCCCAAUGUAUUCGGCGGGCAUGACGUUACCACGAUCCCCAAGCUUGGUAUCGAGCUCGAACAGUGGCGUCCGGACAUCCCUCCGCCUCUAGAGCUUGGCAUGAUCGAUAUCCAUGCUCUCAUCAAGAGCCUUCAAUGCGGCAUUCAUGGCGAAAUUCGACUAGCUCUAGACACUCUAGGGACAGUCACGUUUGAAUCGAUACGCAAUCCAAGUCUUACGAUCGAUCUUAGAGGUUGCGAUGAUCUAGUCGAGUCUCUCAUUGACUGUGCCGAGGAACAGGUCGACAUCCUUGCGGAAGGAACCAAGCCGAACUCGGAUGAAAUCGACCUGAGCUCCUACGAAGACGUGCUCAGGCAAUGUCGCUAUGAGCAUCAAGUCUUCAAAAAGGUGGCGGCUUUCGGCGACGAGGAUUACGAGCUGGAUCACGCAGCAGACCGACUCAUAGCGAUCACGACAAUAUUGCGCAACCUUUCGUUCCACGAUCCGAACCACGACCUACUAGCCGACGAAGUUAUCGUCAAGUUCCUCUGCAGCACAAUUAGAUCAUUAGGCACCUUGGAGAGUCUCCUUAGAUCGCCAACGAACACCUUAGACUUCAUGAAGGAUGUCAUCAUCAUACUUUCCAACAUUGCUGGAUCUAUAGAACUGCCCGGCAAGGAACAGGCCUAUUGUCUCCUGCAAUUCCUUCUGUCAUUUGCACCUUCUCCGUCUCCAAUUACGUCUAGUGGCAAGGUCCUGUUCGCGCCCUUUGAGCCGGCAGUCCAUAUAUAUCUACCACACGCAGUAGAUGCCUUGGCGAAGCUGUUCGCGAGAGACGAGCCGAAUCGGACACAUUACAAAGCUAUCUUCGCCACCGACGCCUCGGCAACUCCAGGUAGCGAGCUUCUGACGCGCACGUUUGGUUUGGCCAUAUGUCCCUUGCCAGAUCAAAAUAAGGAAAGUCGGCCCGCCAACCUCCCGUCGUUCAUUGAGGCCCGCAAGCCAAUGAUAAUGCAAGGCUUACUGGCCGCUGAUGUUCUUGCUUCGUUGGCGCCAAGCUACGAAAGCGGUGUUGCGCGGGCUUGGCUCUCGUCAAGUGAUGGUUUCGCCCAAAACUUGUACAAGCUUGUCCGCUCGCUUUGCAAUCAGGCAGAGCCGACACCGCCUCCCGGCCGCGGUGGCAAUACCAGGACACAGCCUAGGGAGGAUACGGACCUACUUCACAUCAUCACGUGGGGAGUUUCACUGCUACGCAAGCUUUGCGAGAAAGCCCGUGACCCGAACGACCCAUCUAGCAUACCUCCUCAAGCACUUCCAACCAAGGAGAGCCUAUUUUUGGCUUUCCAGUCGUUGAAGAGCCCGAAGUGGACCGUGCUUCUAAACCAAUUAAGCCUGUAUGCUGGUAUGGAGGAUUGA